AUGUAUGAGAGUGGUGGAGCUCUUUCCCUCGGGGGUGGGGAGGGGGAAGGAUACGCAGACCAGCCGGGGUUAGGGUUUUGGGUUUGCGGUGAGGGUUGUGGUGCUUCUCGGCCGUCUAAUUUGUGGUAUCUCCUCUCGUUCUUGGUGAUUUCCAUCCAGUGUUUUGACCUCUCGCUUUCCCUUUUGGCGCGCGCUAGUCCCGCUAGCUGUGGUGUCUUCGUCGACAGUUUCUGGCGCUCUACGCCUGUUGUUCUAUCAGCAAUUCCCCUGCCCAUCUAUCUUGUUCUUCCUCUUCGUCUUCUUCUUAUUGUCGCCUGCAGGCAAAGCCCAAUCAAGAAACAGAGAAAUGGCGGGAAAUCUCAGGUUUAUCAUUUUUGCGGUUCUACUAUUAGCUGCCUGCCAGUGAUAGUUGUCUACUAUUGGCUAGCAGUAUCAACACCUGUCUCCUCCAAUGAAGAUAAUUAUUUCCACUGUGAAAGGGUCGUCAAGAAUUGGGUAGAAUCUUCUUGUGAAAAUGGACAAGGUGAAGAUAAAUCAAGCCUGAAAGAUCUGUUGUUCUUUUUACAUGUUCCUAGGACUGGUGGGCGCACAUACUUCCAUUGCUUUUUGAGAAAACUGUACACAAGUACUCAGGAAUGCCCACGCUCAUACGACAAGCUGCGUUUUGACCCAAGCAAACCAAACUGCAGAUUGGUUGUUAGUCAUGAUGACUAUAGUUUGACUUCUAAACUACCAAAGGACAGAACGUCUGUGGUGACAAUAUUUAGAAAGCCAGUUGAUCGCGUAUUCAGCACUUAUGAAUUUUCAGUGGAAGUUGCUGCGAGGUUUCUGGUGCAUCCAAACCUAACUUCGGCAAAGCAAAUGUCUAGGCGAAUACGGCCAAAAUCUAGUGGAGUAAGCACGUUGGAUAUAUGGCCUUGGAAAUACUUGGUUCCUUGGAUGAGAGAGGAUCUCUUUGCCCGGAGGGAUGCAAGGAAACUGGGGAAACUUAGAAGGAUCAAUGAAAUAACCAAUCCAUAUAACAUGGAAGAGAUGGUGAUGCCUUUACAUGACUUCAUUAAUGAUCCUGUAGCUCAUGAGAUCGUACACAAUGGAGCGACUUUUCAGGUUGCAGGACUGACAAACAAUUCUUAUUUUUCCGAAGCACACGAAGUGCGUCAAUGUGUGAGAAAACAUCCAACACUGGGCCGUGCUGUACUUGAGGUUGCAAAGAGUAGACUGGAUCGUAUGCUCUAUGUUGGGCUUACUGAGGAUCACAAGAAGUCUGCUAGAUUGUUUGUUAAUAUGGUUGGAGCACAAGUCCUUUCCCAGUCCAAAGCCUUGAGCUCCUCUGAUGUUGAGACUCAAGCAUCGGCAAGAACUGAAUUAAGCUCUUCCUUUCCAGAAAGCAAGACUGGAGGGCCAGAUCAACUCCAGAGUAGCAACUACAGUCAAUUAGGCACUGAAGUUCCUUCUCCAAUGGAUACGACACCAGCUGAAGCAAAUAUGACUGUUGAGAAAUUGAUGGGAGCCUAUGAAGAAUGCAUUUCCACCUUGCGAAAAUCUCAAUCUACUCGACGUAAUAUGUCUCUAAAACAGGUUGCUCCUGCUAACUUUUCCAAGGAGGCCCGCCUCCUGGUUCCAGAAGCAAUUUUGCAGCAGAUCAUAUCAUUGAACAGCCUUGAUGUGGAACUAUAUAGGCAUGCUGAGAGUAUCUUUUUGCAACAGAAGCAUCAUAUUCAUAAGGCUCAAGGUGCUUUCAUGGAGAAUCGUGGGCAAAUGAUAAUAGAAAAUGAUCAUAAAAGCACACGGAGCGACUUGUGUUAUGGGUGCUUUUCGUGGAAGGUCUUCUUGUUGACCACUAUAGCCAUUUGCCUCAUUUUAUUCGCUAUAUCGAAAAAAAGAAGGACGUCUAAACUUAAAGUUUGAACAUGAUAGCAGCUGUAAGUAAUGUUAUCGCUACACAGAUAUUCUACAGGAACUAAAAGAAAUUACAUCUUUUGGAUUUGCUGACUUUGUUAGUCAACAUGGGAAAGAUUGAAAAGAGUAGGAUAUUCUGACUCAUGAUGGUUCCUGCCGGUUUCGUUUACCUGUUAGCAGCAGAAAGGUGUUUAGUAGUUUCGGGCAAAAUAUUGGGAAACUUAUCUUAUAGUAACUUGCCAAUAUUACUGAAUGGCUAUCAGUAAUAGGUUGUUCUUUUCAUCUUUGUGCUUAUCAUGUUGCAUUGUCAUGUAGUUAUGCUGCUUUUAGCCCUUGUUCAUGAUAUUCAACUUUGAAGCAGAAAAGGAAAAGGAAAAGAGUUCUGGUAUCUUCCUUUAGCCUCGAUUGUUUUCAGUUUAGUGCUAUCACUUGUGCUAAUUAUCUGAUUAAACAUUACUAUGUCGAUAGAAGUUCUCUGAGCUCUUGCAAAUCAAUAUUUUGUACUCCA